GGUCGCUGCGUCCCCGGCGGCCCCGCGCGCGGGCGGGCGGGCGCCAUGGCGGCGGGCGCGGUGCGGCUGUGGGUGCGGACCGAGCCGUUCCUCGAGGGCGUGCUGCCCGCCCCGCCGCCCGCCCGCCUCGGCCCGCACUACCUGCGCAAGACGGCGGCGUACGCCCGGGCGCGGGCGGCCGAGGGCUGCUUCCCGCGCCUGCCGUGGCCGCGCUGGCGCCGCAUCGCCUGCGGGAAGCUGCAGCUGGGCCGCGGCCUGGCCUGGCUUUACUUCGAGCUGUUCCGCAGCCUCCUGCCGCCGGACCCGCCGCGCAGCCUGGCCCGGGCCGAGGCCGAGGCGGCGUGCGGCAGCGCCCGGGAGCUGGAGCGGGAGCGGAGCAAGCUGUCGGUCGACGCUCUGCCGUUCCUGCUCUUCCUCUACAUCCAGCAGCUGCACAAGGUUUCGCUGCGCAGGUCUCUGAUCGGGGAGGAGUGGCCCAGCCCCAGGAGCAAGGCUCCCGGCCUGGCUGGGAAAGCCGCCGGCGACAACAAGAACUGGAACGACCAGGAGCACCUUGCCUUUGUGCUGAGCCACCUACCUGACCUACUGGAACUGCUGCUGGAGCCAGAGCAGCUCAGUGCCUCGUCCCAUUCCACCCCCAGCAGCCGGGUGUCCUACGAAGCCGUCUGUGCCCUCGGCUUCCUCAUCGAAGGGACCGUGAACAAGUCUGGCAGGGUCUGUCCUCUGCAGGAACUUGCCCUCUGGCAGCCCUGCCAUGACCACAAUGGCUACUCAGAGGUCUCCAGAACCUUCUUGUUCUCCAAGCUAGAGAGCUGGCUGCGCUCCUGCCUGACCACAAACCCCUUUGGCAUGACUGCCUGCCUCAGGGCCGGGAAGAAGCUCGCGUGGGCACAGCAAGUGGAAGGGACGACCAGGAGAGCAAAGGUGGCCUGCAACAGCCCCGUGGUGCCUGGGGUGCUGCCCAUGGUGAUCAUGAGCCAGGUGUACAAGCAGACACUGGCCAAGAGCUCAGACACCCUGCUGGGGGCUCAAGUGAGGAUUCAUCGCUGCAAUGAGUCCUUCAUCUACCUCCUCUCUCCCCUCCGGUGUGUGACCAUCGAGAAGUGCCGGAGCAGCACCGUAGUGCUGGGCCCUGUGCAGGGCUCUGUGCACGUCCAGGCCUGCCACAGCCUCAGGCUCAUUGUGGUUUGCCACCGACUGUCCCUCUCGGCCACCACAGCCUGUACUUUCCACAUCCUGACCCCCACCCAGCCCCUCAUCCUCUCAGGGAACCAAGCUGUCAGCUUUGCCCCUUUCCACACCCACUACCCCAUGCUGGAAGACCACAUGGCUCAGGUUGGGCUGGCCACGCUGCCCAACUACUGGGACAGCCCGGUGCUGGUGUGUGGGGACAGCGGGGACGCUGCCUUCCGCCUCCUCCCGCCCUCCGACUUCCACACCUUUGUCAUUCCUUUUGAGAUGGAAGGAGACACCACAGAGACCCCAGGGGGGCUUCCCCAGGCCUACCAGAGGGUGCUGAGUCAGCGUGAGCAGAAGGUGCAGCUCUGGCAGAGGGCUGUGAAGGAGGCAGCUCUGACCAAGGAUCAGAGGAAAAAGUUCCAGAUGCUGGUGGAAAACAAGUUCUAUGAGUGGCUGGUUGAGACAGGGAACAGGCAGCAGCUGGACAGCCUGGUGCCCCCUGCAGCAGGCUCCCAGCAGGCAGCAGGUUAACCUCGUGUUCCUGCCAGCCCAGGGCAGGCAAGGAGUCCUGGGGAGAGGCUGAAGGCCUGAAACCUUUGCAGCCAUCCUGUCCAAACACACCAGCUGCUCAGCCUCGGCCUGCACUGCACUGUCCUCCUGCCCCAGCACCUCUGGGCUCCCCCAGGAACGUGCUCUGACUGCUCUGCUGGUACCAGAGGAAGCACUCCUUGUUGCAGGUCCUCAGUGGGAAGGCUCAGCCCCACACUUCAGCAUCCACAGCAGGCAAGGAUCCAGCCAGGAGACGCGUCCCACAGCAUCCAGUGCAGGGCUGGGCACGUGCCUGGCACCAGCCAGCUGCACCCUUGGCUUAUAGGUGUAAAAACCCAGAUGUUCUGAUAUUCUUAAUGGAUGAAAUGCAAUGGAUGUUUUUAUAUGGAGAUGGCACUUAAGAGAAUUGUCUUUCUAUGAUGAGUUUGUAUGGUUUUGACAACUGUCAAUAAACCAGAGUU